CAGCUGACCGGAACGAGGGGCGGCCCCGCCGGGCGGGAGGAUGGCGGCGGCCGGGGCCCGGCCGGAGCUGCGGGUGCUGCUGGUGCCCCGUUCGGGGCAGCCGCGGGACGAGGCGCGGGUGCGGCUCAGCAGAGCCCGGCACGCCCUGGGCGCCCUGCUGCCGGCCGGCGCCAUCCGCCUGGAGUCGCUGGGGCCGGGCGGGGCCGCGCGGGCCCGGGGCAGCGUCCUGCCGGGAGCCUGGGCCGACUUCGCCUGGGACAGCUCAGAAGAUGAUGGUGCACAAUCCUGCAAGACAAAGCUGCUGGCUCUUGCUCAAAGCCAUGACCUGUUUGUCUAUGAAUUCAGUGUAGAAGAUGGAAAACACAACCCAAAUUCCCUGCACAGUUGUGAGGCAGAGACGCUUAAAAAGCUCCUUGAAGCUAAAAACAUAACUCUGCCUUCCAUUUCCUCUGUGAAGAUCCUGUCUUUUGGAAACAACAAGUGCAAACUGCUGCUCAACCAGUCUGUCCUUGUGCACCUGACCUUUCCUGGGGAAGGCUCACCCCCAGAGACCUGUGGCUGCUUCCCCCUGGCUCUGCCUCCGGGAGCUGCGGGCAGAAUUGCAGACUCCCAGUUCUGCAGGGGCAUCCUGUUCCUGUUGGACAGUGCUGGCUGGAUUUACAUACUUGACUGCUGUGAUGGAGCCACCCUGGGGAAGGUGGCUGUAGCCCUGGGAGCUGCCCAGGGCCCUGUGUCCCCCCUGGCUGCUCUGGCAGUGUCCCCUGACCUCAGCACAGCCGUGGUGACCAGCAGCUGCCAGCGUGCCCUGGCUGUGCAGCUCAACACCUACUUCAGACAGUUCCCUGAACAUCUGCUCUGUAGGAGAGAUCCUGAAAGUCUCCCAGUGAAGCCUCCAGAGGGCCUGGAUGAGGAUGAGCUGGCCAGCUCUGAGCACAGCAUGGAGCUGCUGGCAGCCCCUUUCCGCACAGACAGGUCCUGGAAGGCACACCUGUCCUCACUGUGGGACAGAGUGAGGAGAAGGAGAACACCAGGCUCUCCAGGUUUGGCGCACGACUUGAAUUUGCCUUGGUAUCAGUUUUUGACCCAUCUUGAAGACCACGAUCCUGAAGUCUGUGAGGAUCCAGAGAGGAUGGUGGCCUUUGUCCCCCGGGCUGUCACGUGGGCAGCUUCCCCAGCCCUGCAAGGCCAGCCUGGGGGUGCAGGACAGCAGUGGGCACAGAUCCCCGUGGGAGCAGCCCGGGAGCUGGUGAAGCUGGAGUGCAGACUGGUGACUGCAGCGAAGGCUGUGUUUGUGCUGCAGGCACAGGACACGGGGCUGUCUCUGGCCCUCUGGGAUUUUGAGUCCCAGCACGUGACGUGUUCCCACUUUGGCAGAGGCAGUGUCUACGUGGAGAGCAGUGCAGAGCUGCCCCUGUGUCUGCUGCUGACAGAGCGUGGUCUGUCCCUGGUCCUGUUUGGGGUCACCCAGGAGGAGUUCCUGACCAGGCUGAUGAUGUUUGGCAGCGCUGCAGUCGUGGAUUCCCUGUGUCAGCUCAACGGGUGGGAGAGGUGCUCCAUUCCCAUCCAUGCCCUCGAGGCAGGUUUGGAGAAUCGCCAGCUGGACACGGUGGACUUGUUUUUAAAAAGCAAAGAAAGUGGUUUGAGUCUGUCUGCAGGCUGCCCUGGGCCCGAGCACCCUGGGGGUGCUGCCUCCCAGUCCUACCUGAGAAAUUUGGAGGAGCUCAGGCCAGCUCUAAACUUGCUCUGCUCAGCAAUCCAAGACAAUGACAUGGAGCCUCACAGCAAGCCCUUCUCUGAGCAGCUCCUGAACCUCACCCUGGCGUUCCUCACCAAGCAGCUGGAGGAAAUCUUUGUGCACACAGAGGAACCUGAUGAGUUCCUGCAGAAGGCUGCAGAUAUUUUAACUGAUUACAUCAUCGGACUGAGGAAGUUCCUGAGGAGAUACCCUCACCCAGUGGUGACCCCAGAGCACACAGGAGCUGAGCUGGAUGAGGACCUGCCUGAGAUAGAAGAGAGCCAAAAAUGGGAAAAACUGACACCAGAGGAGGUCAUUGCUGAGGCCAUCCUAAGCAACAAAAUACCAGAGGCCCAGAUCUUCUUCAGGAGGCAGCAGCAUCCUGCUGAGAGCCUGCAGGAGUUCAUGCAGACAGCUCUGAGCCUGGUCUAUGACUGCCUGCUGAGGGGCAGCCCCAGGGAGGCCUCCGAGCUGCUCAGGAACAUGGGCUUGGACGUGAAGCAGGAGCUGCACAAGAUCUGCCUGCACACACAGGACAGGCGCGUCAGGGAGCUCCUGGUGAAAGUCUUACAAGAAGAAAAUUAUUUUUCUGAAAAAGAGAAGAAAAUUAUAGACUUUGUGCAUCAGGUUGAAAGAUUCUACUCGGAAUCCUUCCAGGAAAAGCAAGAGACUCAGUCUCUUUCCAGGUAACAAGUCAGUCAGUCAAACCAAAUAACCUAGGAAAUAAUUUUACAGUUAAACAAUGGUAGAACUGUUACGAUGCUCACAGUUUGUGGCAAAACAAGGCAGUUCUUUACUUCUCAGCCCUGGAGCUCAGCUCAGUCCCUCUGGCACGCCGGGCUGGGGGCUCUGCUGAGCCUCCCCCAGGUGCUCCCAGCCCAUUGCAGGUGCAGCCGCUGGAGGAGGCAGCAGGAGCUGGAGGGGCCCCGGGCAGUGCUGGGCUCCCAGCUGGGCUGGGGCAGCCCCGGGGCCCCCCGGCUCACAGUGACCCUCAGCUGGGCUCUCUGCUGGGACCCGCUGCUGCAGGAGAUGCUGCUGCUGCCCUGGAAGCCACGGCAAGAACUCAUGACGUGCAGUGCUGAGGUGCUCUGGAUGCACCUGACAGCCCAGCAUGACUGGCUGAGCAUUUGUUCCUGGAUUGAGGAGGCAGAGCCCAGCCAGGCUCCGUGUGACAGAGCUGCCUGGCCCCCCCUGAGCCCUGACAUCGUGGACAGGAGCACUCUGUGCAGCCCCUACAUGAGACAGGACAUCCUCAACAAGCUGGCCAGAAAGGGGAUUUUUGUCCCUUCUGAGCUGGAAGAUUUUGAGCUGCUGCUCCAGAGGUUGUGGUGCCUGGGGGGAGUCCUGCAGAAUCCUCACCCAGUUCCAAAGUACAGCACUGCCAGUGGCCUGGACUUCCAUGCUCAGUUUGUCCUCCACUGCCUGGAGCACAGCCUGCAGUACCUGCUGUACACCUACCUGGACUAUUACAGUUUAACCCCUUCAAACUGCCCUGUCCUGGAUGACAAGGAGCUGCAGGAAGCACACCCCUGGUUUGAGUUCCUGGUGCAGUGCAGAGGGGUUGCCAGCAAUCCCCGAGAUCCCAAGAUGGUUUUCCAGGCCAGUCUGGCCAACGCUCAGAUGCUGAUUCCCAGCAGCCAGGGGGGUGUGAGCAGCAUCCUGCUGGAGGGCAGGACCCUGCUGGCCCUGGCCACCACGGUCUAUGGGCCUGGGGGCAUUGACCAGGUCCUUCAGAACGAAGAUACAGAAAAACCUCUCAAGAAAGUUGAUCCACAGCUCUUGAAGAUGGCCUUGACCCCUUACCCCAAGCUCAAGGCUGCUCUCUUUCCCCCCUGCACUGCUCAUGGGAUUUUGCCCCCUGACAUCUCUCUCUACCACCUGCUGCAGUCAUUAAUGCCCUUUGAUCCCACGAAAUUGUUUGGCUGGCAGUCAGCAAACACUCUUGCUGUGUCAGAUGCCUGGAGCGAGCUGCCCCACUUCUCCAGCGCCGGGCUGGUGAGCAGGCACGGCGUGCAGGAGAGCCUGGAUUUCCUGUUCUACCUGCUGCACGGCCGCCCCGCCUUCGCCUUCGGCACCUUCGUGGGGCAGCAGCUGGCCCGGAGCAAAGCCCCCCGGCAGCUGAUCCAGCAGGCAGCUCGGGAGGCCCAGCUGCUGGCCCUGAGCUGCCUGGGGGUCCCCUCGGUGGCUGCAGCCUGCGUGUGCUUCCUGGAGCUGCUGGGGCAGGACAGCCUGGGGCUGCGCGUGGAGCUCAGGGCUGCCAGCCUGCUCUGCAGCCACGGCACCUGCAGGGACUCCCUGGUUGAGAAGCUAACAAAGCUGGCUGAUGGUGAAAAGGCAGCAGCAGCAGCACUUCUGACCUCCUUGGAAGAGGCCUUCUGGGAUGCCAUUGAGCAGCAGGGCAUAAAGAGGACGUCCAGUGACUGCAGGAGGCAGUGGUCCUUGGUCAUGCAGUUCUGCAAGCUGCAUGGCCUGGAGCUGAGCACGUCCUUCCUGAGGGAAUGUGCCAGAUCCAACGAGUGGCUGCAGUUCCUGAUCCAGACCCAGCUCCACGGCCACCAGCCAGCCCAGGUCCUUGCCCUGCUGCAGGAGUUCCCUGCCGUGCUGCAGGAUCACCUGCAGCUGGCCCUGGGCAGGCUGCUGGCUGCUGAGGCAGGUGCUGCUGGCAGGGCCCGUGCAGGGAGCCUGUUCCACACGCUGCUGCAGUGCCAGGGGCAGCCCAGCCCCUGCUGGUUCCUGCUGGCUGAAGGGCUCCGGGCACACAGCCCCAUCCUCAGCGUGCUGGCAGCCUGCUGCCCCGACGCCAACCUCAUCUCCUGCCUCUGUGUUUGGAUCAUCACUUCUGUGGAUGGUGCCACCAGGGCUGAGGCCACUGCCCACACCCAGGCAGAGAGUCCCCAGUGGGACCUGCAGGACCUUGCUGUCAUCUGGAAAGUCUUCUUGAGGAAGAAGAAGAGUAAAACACUUCUGAAUGGCUUCCAGCUCUUCUUAAAGGAUUCCCCUUUGCUGCACAUCCUGGAGAUGUAUGAGCUGUGCAUGAACUGUAAGAAGUACAACGAAGCUAAAACCAAACUGGAGAAAUUUCAGGAAAGCCUCACAAAUCUGGGGGCUGCAGGGGGAGCAGCCCCCGAGGUGCCGCUGCCGUGGCUGCGCUCGCAGGCGCUCUUCCUCCUGGAGCUGAUGCUGCAGCAGUGCCACACUGACUACGAGCUGGGCAGGCUCCUGCAGCUCCUGGCUACAGCAGAGAGCCUGCUGCUGGACGGCCCCCACCUGAGGAGGCUCUGUGCCCUUAGUGAGGCCCUGAGGGGCUCCUCCAUCUCCAUCAGCCGCUCCAUCCUCACCUGCUGCAGCCUGGAGGCGUUCCAGGGGGAGUGCAGCUCCAUCCUGGAGCAGCUGCAGGACAAGGGAAUGUUCAGCCUGGCUCGGGAGGUGGCAGCCCUGGCUGAGCUGCCCGUGGACAGCGUGGUCACACACGAGCUUCUGAGGGAUCUACAACAUUUAAGAGACUCUGGACAGUGGCAUCAGAGCCAGACACGAGCUGACUUCUGGAAGAAGUGCAACGACACCUUCAGCAGACAUUCCAUCUGCAGCCGGGCCGCAGCGGCGUUCUUCCUGCAGCAGGCCGACAGCGCCUGGGACUGCUCCGGGCCGGGCACGGCGAGCAGCACCCUGGAGAGGCAGCUGCUGCUCACCCUGGCUGGCCACUGGCUGGCCCAGCAGCCCGGGGCGCCCGUGCAGGAGCUGCAGGAGCUGGAGAAGCAGAUCUGGCUGUGCCGCGUGGCCGAGCGAGCGCUGCUGCCCGCGGGCUCGGCGCCGUGCCCCGCGGCCCUGUGCUUCGGCGGGCUGGCCCAGCAGCUGUCCUUCGCCAGGCUGCCGGCCCUGGAGGCGGCCGGGCAGGGCGGGCUGGCCCAGCAGCUGUCCUGUGCCAGGCUGCCAGCCCAGGAGCCGGUGCUGACGGCAGCGGAGCGCGCGGCGCUGGGCGCGCUGCUCGGGGCCCUGCUGGACCAGGGCGGCGUGCACGAGGCUGCCCGAGUGUGCCACUACUUCCAGCUGUGGCAGCGGGACGUGGCGCUGGUGCUGCUGUGCAGAGCCCUGGCCCUGGGCGAGGCCGGGCUGGAGCAGCCCGAGGUGCGGGCCCUGCUGAGCGAGGCCGGCGCAGCCCCCGCCCCAUCCAGCCUGGAGGACUGGACCCCUCUGGGGGGUGAGGACGAUGCCGUGGUGGCAGCGCUGAAGGCCCUGGCAGAGGAAUGUGUCCAUGGCAGGGGCUACUGCAGGCAGGUGCUGUGCCUCUACGAGCUCUCCAAGGAACUGGGCUGCUCCUUCGGGGAGGUGGCGGCGCGGGAGCCGCGGGAGGUGCUGGGGGCCAUCCUGGCGCGGCGGGGCCCCGAGCGCGGCCGCAGGGCCCAGGCCUUCAUCGCCUGCCAGGGGCUGCCCCCUGCCACCGUGGCACCGCUGCUGGCACAGCAGAUCACCCAGGAGCUGCUGGCCUCGGCACAGGGAAGAGGGCAGAAGCAAGCCUGGAACCCUGCAGUGGAGAGCCAGGAGCUGCUGCAGCUUGCCAAGCUGUGCCAGGAUCACACCUUGGUUGGGAUGAAGUUGCUGGAUAAAAUCUCCUCUGUGCCCCGUGGGGAGCUGUCGUGCAUUACAGAGCUGCUGAUCCUGGCCCACAGCUGCUUCAGCCUGACGUGCCACAUGGAGGGGAUCACACGAGUGCUGCAGGCAGCUCGGCUGCUCACCGAGGAGCACCUGGCCCCCCGCGAGGAGUACGGGCUGCUGGUGCGCCUGCUGACGGGCAUUGGCAGGUACAAUGAGAUGACCUACAUCUUCGAGCUGCUGCACCAGAAACACUACUUCGAGGUGCUCAUGAGGAAGAACCUGGACCCGAGCGGGACGCUGAAGGCGGCGCUGCUGGACUACACCAAGCGCUGCCGGCCCGGCGACAGCGAGAAGCACAACAUGAUCGCGCUGUGCUUCAGCAUGUGCAGGGAGAUCGGCCAGAACCACGAGGCUGCCGCCUGCACCCAGCUCAAACUCAUCGACUGCCGGCCCUGGGAGGAGUCUCUUCUGGAUGUUCCAAAUUUAAAGAAGCUGCUGCUGAAAGCUGUGACUCUCUUCAUUGAUGCAGCAGAAAGUUACUCCAAGGACUCGUGUGUGCGGCAGGCGCUGCGCUGCCGCCGCCAGACGCGGCUCAUCACGCUCCAGCUGCACUUCCUGGGCUCGGGCCAGAGCACCAGGAUCAUCAACCUGGGCAGGCAGGAGCUGCCAGGAGCCAUCCUGGCCUUGCCCCGCUUCUACCAGGCAGCCAUCGUGGCCGAGGCCUAUGAGUUCCUGCCGGACUGGGCUGAGGUUCUGUUCCAGCAGGUGAUCACCAGGGGGGACUUUGUGUACCUGGAGGAGUUCCGGCAGCAGCGGCCGCUGCGGCCCGGCCUGUUCGAGGAGGUGGCCAAGAAGGUCAAACAGCACCCGCCUGCUGAUGCUGCCCUGAGGAACCUGAAGCGGUUCCUCACCCACUGUGAGGACAUCUACACCUACUACAGGCUGGCCUAUGACCACAAGUUCUAUGACGUGGUGAACUCACUGCUGAAGGACCCUCAGACUGGCUGCUGCCUCAACGACCUCCUAGCCAACUGAAUUCCAGCUGAAUUCCAGCCCAGGCUGCAGGGUCACUGCUGAUUUACACAGAUUUUAUCAAUGGCCUGCUCACAGGGCUCUGCUGCUCUGUAAAAAUUACUCCAGAAAGCUGCACAAGGUUGUAAGUAGUUAUAUGCUGACUGUGUUAACCUAAAAUUGUGUUUUGUAUAAUAAAUCUUACUGUUUAUAAAUUA